CCCAUUGAGAAGGCAGAGAUGCAAGGCAUGCCUCUCAGAAGCCUGCAACCCGUCCAGACAGAACGGACCACUUUUGGACUACACUCCUCAUUUACUGGUCCCCAUAUGUUCUCCGCCACUCAGCUGCACGGAUUAGUUUGAGGGGAUUUUAAAGCAGAACAUUUAUUCCCAAAUAGCCUGUUUUCAGUUUUUUUUGUUUCACACUUAUUUAAUCAUUUCUGGAUCAAAAAAGUCGUUCUGUGUUUCCUCCAAAGGCUUCGCAUGUCAGUCUCGCUUUGCAUGUGGGGAUAAGUAGGAUCAGUAGGUCCAGUCAGCGUCCAGGUGUUUCAACACAGGGGAUUUUAUUUAUGAUCAUUUUUUAAAUUCCUUUCCUUCUCCUGGAGGUGCGUCCUUUUCUCCCCGUCUACGAUGGCUGAUUCCAACGCUGAAUGCAAUAUCAAGGUGUUGUGUCGAUUCCGCCCGCUGAACCAGUCCGAAAUUAUCCGCGGAGAUAAGUUCAUCCCAAUAUUUCAAGGGGAAGACACUGUCAUCUUUGGGGGGAAGUCGUACGUGUUUGACCAGGUCUUCCCCACUAACACCACGCAGGAACAAGUCUACAAUGCCUGUGCCAAACAGAUUGUCAGAGAUGUACUCGGUGGAUACAAUGGGACUAUCUUUGCCUAUGGGCAGACCUCUUCUGGAAAAACACACACCAUGGAGGGGAAGCUCCAUGAUCCCCAGGCUAUGGGAAUCAUUCCCCGGAUUGCCCAGGACAUUUUUGAACAUAUAUUUGCCAUGGAUGAGAACCUGGAGUUUCACAUAAAGGUCUCCUAUUUUGAGAUCUACAUGGAAAAGAUCCGGGACCUCCUUGAUGUAACAAAAAUCAACUUGUCAGUGCAUGAAGACAAAUACAGGGUUCCUUAUGUGAAGGGCUGCACAGAACGGUUUGUCACCAGUCCUGAGGAAGUGAUGGACGUGAUAGAUGAGGGGAAGGCCAACCGUCACGUUGCUGUCACCAAUAUGAAUGAGCAUAGUUCUCGCAGUCACAGCAUCUUCCUGAUAAACAUCAAACAAGAAAACGUAGAGACGGAGCAGAAGCUGUGCGGGAAGCUGUACCUGGUUGACCUUGCUGGGAGUGAGAAGGUCAGUAAGACAGGUGCAGAGGGAGCGGUGCUGGAUGAGGCCAAGAACAUCAACAAGUCUCUGUCGGCUCUGGGGAACGUCAUUUCUGCUUUGGCUGAAGGAACGAAAUCCCACGUGCCGUAUCGUGACAGCAAAAUGACUCGCAUUCUGCAGGACUCGCUGGGUGGGAACUGCCGCACCACCAUGUUUAUCUGUUGCUCUCCUUCCAGCUACAAUGAUGCAGAGACUAAAUCCACGCUGAUGUUUGGCCAACGAGCCAAGACCAUUAGAAACACAGUCACAGUGAAUCUGGAGCUAACAGCAGAGCAGUGGAAGAAGAAGUAUGAGAAGGAAAAGGAGAAGAACAGGUCAAUGAAGGAGACUAUACAAAGACUUGAAGCUGAGCUGGACCACUGGAGGAACGGUGAUAAUGCUGUUGUGCUGGGGCGAUUGAGUGAGGGAUCGGAGGAUGCCCGCUUUGUGUCUCUGGAUUUUAAGGAGCCAACUCUUGAAUUAUGCAGCCCAUGCACCCCCUGCACUCCUUGCAGCCCCUGCUCCAUAGCCUCAUCUAUUGUGGUUCAUAUCUCUGAGGAAGAACGGCAGAAGUAUGAGGAAGAGAUCCGCAAGCUGUACAAGCAGCUGGAUGAUAAGGACGAUGAGAUCAACCAUCAGAGCCAGAUGGUGGAGAAGCUGAAGGAGCAGAUGCUUGACCAGGAGGAGCUUUUAGCUUCGUCCAGGGGAGACAGUGAGAAGGUACAGUCAGAGCUCGGCAGGCUGCAGGCAGAAAAUGAAUCCUCCAAGACUGAGGUGAAGGAGGUGCUUCAGGCCCUGGAGGAGCUGGCUCUAAACUAUGACCAGAAAAGCCUGGAGGUUGAGGAGAAAAGCAUGCAGAACAAGCUCCUGGCUGAAGAACUAGGAAAGAAGAUGGCUCGCCUAAGGGCUUUAGAGGAAGAGUUGUCUCGUAUACAGGAGGCGAGCAGCCACCAAAGAAAACGUAUUGCUGAGGUUCUCAACGGCCUCAUGAGGGACCUGCGCGAGUUCAGCACGAUUGUUGGAAAUAGGGAAAUCAAGCUGCCCAUGGAGAUCACCGGUGGGAUCGAGGAGGAGUUUACAGUGGCUCGGCUCUACAUCAGCAAGAUAAAGUCAGAGGUGAAGUCCAUGGUGAAGCGCUGCAGACACCUGGAGAACCUCCACACAGAGUGCAACCGAAAGAUGGAAGAAACAAGCCGGGAGCUGUCGUCAUGCAACCUCCUCGUCUCACAGCAUGAGGCAAAGAUCCGCUCUCUGAUGGAGUGCAUGCAGAAUGUGGAGCUGAAGAAGCGACAGCUGGAGGACAGCAAUGAUGUUCUGACUGAGGAGUUGGCCAAGCUCAGAGCUCAAGAAAGCAUAUCACAGGUGACCAGCGGGAAGAACAACACAUCUCUCCAAUCUGAUAUAAAGAGAGCUCUGGAUGAGCAAAUGCAGUCACACCGUGAAGCUCAAAGCAAGCAGCUUGGCCGCCUUCGAGACGAGAUCAACGAGAAGCAGAAUACCAUUGAUGAAUUAACGGACUGCAACCAGCAGCAGCAGCUGGAAUUGGAGCAACUGCACACUGACUUUGAACAUCUCAGAAGUCAGGAAUAUCAGAAGAGCCGGCAGCUGGAGGAACUGACAUUUCUCUGCGAACGGCAUGAACAGUCAAAGCAGGACCUCAAAGGGCUGGAGGAGACUGUUGCCCGGGAACUCUACACCCUGCACAACCUCCGCAAGCUCUUUGUUCAAGACCUCACAGCGCGAGUUAGAAAAAGUACAGAGAUUGAACCUGAUGAUACAGGGGGAUUUAUUACCCAAAAACAAAAGAUUUCCUUUCUUGAAAACAACUUGGAGCAGCUUAGUAAGGUUCACAAACAGCUGGUACGUGACAAUGCAGAUCUUCGCUGUGAGCUUCCAAAACUGGAGAAACGUCUUCGCUCUACAGCUGAGCGAGUUAAGGCACUGGAGGGAGCACUGAAGGAGGCGAAGGAGGGUGCCAUAAAGGACCGUCAGCGCUACCAGGAGGAGGUGGAACGAAUCAAAGAUGUGAUGAGGCGCAAUCCUUUCCGCCGCCACCAUGCUGCACAGAUAGCCAAGCCCGUGCGACCUGGCCACUACCCGCUCUGUGCCCCCAUCAACCACUUCUUCAUCCGUGGCUGCAGCGGAAACCCCGUUGCCUUCUGCAAUGCCGGUUUCCAGAAUAAAAACAACCAAUCAGCAGCUUCCAUUGAUGCUCCCCCAGCACAUGACACCGAAGUCAGAUUACCUGGGGACAACUGCAACCAGAACAGCCCCGCAGAACGCCUCGACCCACAAAGUGACAACAACAGCGUCGCUCAAAACAACUUGCUUCCAGCUGAAGCAGUAAGCAAAGCAGUGAAGUCUUCAGAAAUGCUUGAUUCAGAAAACGGAAACACCACAGAUAUCAAUGACAACAGCAUGUGUCUGAAUGUGAAUUCUGUGUCCAGAAUGGAUGUCUGCGACAACCAGGACGCAGCCACAAUCUACAAGCUGCAGAAUGAGGCUUCAGCCAGCUAAGGCAGGCGAAUGUUUCUGAGACCUCCACUGUAAAUCUGCAUGCUGAUGAUCACUGUUGUCCCAGACUCCUCUCUAUGCCCCGUUCCCACCUGCUGUUAACAGUCCUCUUUGUGUCAACUUCCCAGCCUCAGCCUGUUCUUCUCUAGUUAUUUCAUCUUUCCGUGUGUGGGUAACAGUUUUGCAAGCAGUGCAUCUCUAACAUUCGCCCGCCUACACCUGCAGCUGCACCCAGUACCCAUCACUUGAAAUGAAACAGACCAAAAAUAGAGGUAGGGAGAGAGAAUCUGCAUUGCAGUUUGUUACCACCAGGGUGCGCUCAUGUCUGACAUAAGGGGCAAUGGAAGAAAAAUUAAAUUUUAACCCCCAUAGUUAUUAUCAUCUUAAUAAGAUUAUGGAUCACACUAAUACACAGCUAUCUAAAAAUAUAGAAGGUAAAAUGUGACAUGAAAACAGUCUGAACCCUGUGCUCAAUUUAAUAAUAUUUAUUAUUUUUACUGCAUGUGUAUUUUUGAUUAAAUAGCUCUUGUAAGGUGAGAUUUUGUUUAAAACAUUUCAGUUUUAUUAAGAGUACAGGAGAUCUUGUGUUGGAAUCUGUAAAUGGUUAACAGAAAAACUCUGAAACUUAAAAUACUCUGCAGGUUUUCACUAGUGUUUCACCUGCUCAGUGUUUCCCUAAGUCAGAAGCUGACAAUUUGAAUUUGGGGGAUGAAAACAAAUUCUUGGUGUUUGUUGCAAAAAUGGGGACCACUGCUCUACUCCCCCACCCCCAUUGCUUCACCUUUUGAAAGGCAAAGCAUUUGUUAGAAUGGAACCACUUUGUUUUUUUAUUUUCUCUUACAUACAUUUUUGAAGAGAGGAAAAAAUGUCACACAUAAUAUAUUUCUAAUUUUGCUUUAAAUGGAUCCCAUGAAUCAUAUUUUCAUCUUUAUGUUUUGUAAUAAUUUAGUUCCAGAACUCCAAUAGAGUUUAUUUUUUAUUUGAAACCUAUCUGGCAGCUGAUCAGCUGUUAUCAAUAUUUGAUGAUCCUAAGUGUCCCCAACUGAUUUUAAAUAAUAGCUAUCAGGGCCAAGAAUUUUAUUUCCAUUAUGUCCAUCAUUCCUGUCAUCUACCAUUUUAAAAAGCUAAUGCUGAGAUAAACUGUCAUCAGAUGAAUGCUUGAGGCUGGAUCUUCUUUUUCGCAGCCUGUAGAAAGUGAUUAGUCAGUUAAAAACUUAAAACAGAAAGAUUUGGGUAUCUGAAUCCCAUUUACUGCCAGUGAUUCUGAAACUAUUUGAUUUGCUUUACUUUUUCUUUUCUUUAAUACAAACUCUUUCUGAUUUAUUUAACUUUGAAAAGUGUGCUGAUGUGGGCUUACAACAAAAAACAGAAUAAAAUUAAAGACAAGAAAAUAAUGUAAGCCUCAUAUCCAGACCAGUGAAGUUUGAGCUCUUGGCUUAUUGCUUUCAUGCAUAUUUACCUCAUUCUCUGAAACAACACUGUGACAUAGAGAACAUCCAUUAAUGAGAACACAUAACAAGUCCCUUUUUAAAUAUACCUUCAUUUGUGGGUGUUUGAGGUCCAUCCCUAAGGACACAGUUUAGUUUUAACAUGCUAAAAAUGUAUGCAACUAUUGCAGUUCAGAUUACUUAGAUAUCAAGGUUGAUAAAAACAAAUAAAGUAGACAAACCUGCUGUAGUGCUUGACAAAGAUUCUUCAUAUCUGAUCUUUUUACAAAUAAAUGUAUUUUUACAACACAGUAUGUAAUGCCACAAUGCCAUGGCUUGCAAAACAAUGUAUAACCUUUUAAACAUCUUCACAUUUGUUCAUGUUACAUUUUCUUUGGAUUUUGUUUGAUAGACCGACACCAAUUAGUGUGUAUGUAAAGCAGAAAAUGUUUUUUAAUAUGUUUGCUCAUUAAAAUCUGAAAAGUGUGGCAGGUUUGUUUAACCCCAUUUACUCUGUUGCCCCUAAAUACCACCCAGUGCAGACUGUUGCAUUUAGAGGUCAUCUACUUAGUAACUAGUUUACCUGUGUGUGAUUUAAUCUCAAUUUAAAAACUAUAACACUCAGGGAUAAAGUUUUAGAGAAGUUUACUGCAGAGUUAGGUUUUAAAAUAUCCCAAGUAUCCCAAGCUUUAAAUACCUCUCAGACCUCAGCUCAGUUCACUGGAAAAUGGGCAUAAAGUGGUAGUUUUAUACUUAUUCUGUGUUUAUUCUAUGUUUGUAAUGGGUGUAUCUGGAGGACAACAAUGGAAAAAAACUAUUGUCUUGUGUUUCUAUCCUCUGUGAUGAUACUUUACUUUUGUCAUAAUGUGCUAAUGUUGCUUCAGUCCACCACAGACCUAGAAACCUACUAAAACAUUGCUGUCUACCUAAACUGACAACCUUGGCACAGAAAACCAUAAUCAGAAGCAAUCAAAAGCCCCAUGGUAACUCUGGAGGAGCUGCAGAGAUCCACAGCUCUGGUGGGAGAAUCUCGCUAUUAGACAAGCAAUCUGCAUUUUAGAAUGACAAAAAGAAUUGCCUUUUUUGAAUAAAAAAAAACUUGCUAAAUUGUGAUUGCAGUUUGCCCAAAUCAUAAAACAAACUUGUGGAAGAAAGUGCUUUGGUCACAUUAGACCACAAAUCACCCUUUUAUCCUAACUGUAGUAAGAAGUGGUUAUACAAAAUCAAGGAAUGAAUGCAAAUGCACACCACACUUUUCAGAUUUUCACCACCUAAUGAUUUUGAAGCAUAUGCAUUAUUCUCUGUGUGUAGUUGUGGCAAAUUGUGAAAAAGAUCAAGGGUAUGGAUACUUUCUCGAGGUACUGCAAACAUUUUUAUAUUUUAAAUGUUGAAAACCUAAUUUUCAUCGCAUCUUUAUUCUCUUCUUUGAGAAAAAGUAGAACCAGUAACAGUGGUUUAAAUAUUUAUUCACUCUUUGUGGUUUACCUCAUUCCCACUUUCUCAUGAAGCGGAACCGUAGACCUGAAAAAGAAGUAGACAGUCCAACAAUUGUUUAAAAUAAAAGCAUUCCGAUAUUUUGUGGUUGAUAUUUAUUCAUCAUUUUCUGAAGUAAAACUAAACAAGCAGAAGUAAAGAAAUAAACACUGAUUGUUUUAAAGGACUCAUUGUGUAGUUGUUAAUAUACCUACAACGUGUAUAUUAUGCCCAAAAAAAAUGCUUGCAAAUGAUUGUUUGUUAAAAUUUUAAAUAUAAUUUCAUCAGAGCAUGGCAAAGUAAAAGAAAAUGUAGCAACUAUUUUUAUACUCAGAUAAUAAGUUACAAAUAUAGAUUAUUUAUCAUUUGCUCUAUAUUAAAUAUAUUUUUUGCUUCCUGUUUAUUCGUUAUUUAUAUGGGUUGUUGAAUGGUAAAUAUUGGUGUUUUGUUGAUGUGUAAAUAUAUUUUUCCAAGCAUUUAAUUCACUGUAAUGAUGAGAAAACCUUGUAUUUUCACCAGUUAUUAAAUGCAUGUGUGAAAGUGUAAUUGCAACAUGAUUUUAUUAAGGUAACAACUAAUGCUGCUCAGACUUAAACUAAAAGUGUUAUCUUUUAAAGGGGAUCUAAACUACAGCCUAUAUAGGCUGAGUUGAACGUAUGAUAGAAGGGUUACUGUAAGUUAUCAGGAGAUGUCAGAGUCCUGUCUUAGUCACUGACACUUACUGAGAGAUACAACAUCUCAUUUCGGCGACUUUUCUGACCUUUGAGAAUGCAGAUAAGUUUUGAGAUUUGUGUUGGGUGCAGUCAGAGAUAUCUGAGCAGAUUAAGCAACAGACCCAAUGUCUCAUAACACACUGAUGGACACCCACUACAAAUGUUUCACCCUGUCAUACUCUCUCUGUCAACGUCCUGAUCUAACAGUCACGAUCAGAGUCCAAGGACUUUACUAUAGGAGUGUCUGAGCAUGUGUGUGUGUUCUCUAAAAAAAACAUUAUCUGAACUUUGGUUUUCUGUGAUCCACACCAAUACCCACACAGAAUAAGUAUCAAAAUUACAGGGGGAACAAUACCAGCAACCACAUACAGUAUACAGUCCCUUGAUAAAUUAAUCACACCUUGAUUUUGUUAAAUGAUCUCAAAUAAAAUGUCACACUUUAAUGUAUUUUAUUGGAAUUUUCUGUGAUAGGCCAACACAAAAUAGCACAUAUUUGUGAAGUGGAAGGGGAAGGACACGUUUGUUUUUUUUUUUGCACAAAUCUGCCCUUUAGGAAGGAGUUGCAAGGAGAAAGCCAUAAGUAGUCUCCUUUAGAGUUACCACAAACCAUGCAGGGGACACAGCAAACAUGUAGAUCACCAUGAACACACCCCACCCACUGUAAAACAAGGUGGUGGCAGCAUCAUGCUGUGGGAAUGCUUAUCUUCAUAAGGGACAGGAAACCUGGUCAGAGUUGAUGGGAAUAUAGAUUGAGCUAAACACUAAUGUUUUAUGUCAUUUUUACCAUUCAAAAGUCUUCUGACGCUUUCUUUACUGUUCUGAUUCAGUAAACUGUCAGCGUUUACAUUUAAAUCAGUUGAGUUCUGCUUAGAAGAAACAUAUAGUGAAAAUGAGCUAAAAGCGUCAUUGGUAGAUGGAAUGUCCUUUAUUUGAUGUCUUCUCUACAAUGUUUUUCUUCAUCCUCAAGGAAAACAGCUUCAAAAAUUCCUCCAGCCAGCCGGCUACUAAAUGAUUUUGGUACUUGUUGAUCCAACAUUCUGAGUUUAUAGAACACAGUCCAAAUGUUCUUGCUCACAUGGCUCUGUUAUAUAUUGUAUAUUUUCUCUUAGGCCAGUGGGGGGUUAAUUAAUUUUCUGGGAGUUGUAAACUUCAGACUGGGUCAGAAUUGCACCUGCUCCAGCAGGAUGACAUACUGGCAAAUAUACAAUAAAAUUAGUUUAGAUCAAAGCAUAAUCAAGUGUUAGAAUGGCCCAGUGAAAGUCUAGAUCUAAAUUCAUCUGAGAAUAUUUGGCAAGACUUGAAAACCGAUGUUCACUGAUGCUCUUCAUCCAAUCGACUGAGCUUGUGUAUGAAUGAAUAAAUUUAUUUUUUCUAGAUAAACUGUUAGAAACAUAUCCUGAAAGAGUUAUAGCUGCAAUUCCAGUGAAAGCUGGUUCUAUAAAGUAGAUUUUUCAGAUUUUUAGCAGUAAAACAAAAUAAAAUAAAAACCAUGUAUUAUUUUCACAAUUACAAACAUAAAAUAUAUUGAAGCUGUUGGUUGUGGUGUAAUGUGACAAAUGUGGAAGUUCAACAUAAGGAAAAAAUUUAUAAAGAAAUGUGGGCUUAAUAAAAAGUAUGUUUAAUACCUGCUGUAUAUACCCUGACUAUUAUCAUUGGAAUAUUUAUGUACAUUUGCAAUUUUUAUGUUUUUAUUAUAAAAAUAUUACUUGUUGCAGAUCCACUCUUUCAACAACUAAAACUAAACAGAAAUUAUUUAUUUAUUUGUUUACUUUGGAACUUCUUCAUCACCUUUUAUGGAUUAUGAAGCUAUUUUUUGCUAAGGGUCAAAAAAGUCAAUAAACUUCAAGUUGAGUGUGUUUGAAUAAUGGACAAAAACAAUGUAACGGUUCUCCUGACAUAUUUUAUAAAUACCUGUUAUGUUCCCUGUUUCUUUUUUUCACAAUCUGGAACUAAUCUGACAACAUAAACUUUGUGUGACACUAUAUUCCCAAUGUGCACAAGACCUGCAGGAAAAAGGUUAGGGGAGAAAAUGUCUGUCUGUUUCUACAGUUGUGUGUUGCUUUGUUUGUUUGUGGCUUAGUGCAUGGAAUACUUUUUUCUGUAGCUGCAGAGAAUCUUCUUUGUUACCUCAUGGAAACUCAUUUCAAUAAAUAUGAUCCUGUUGCCAUAAACUCA